AUGGCCCUUCCGUUUGAGAACCCAGUUCUGGCUGCCAACCUUCACUUCGUGCUCGGUCGUACCAGAGGUUCUGAUGCUGCCGUUGAAUCCUUGCGCAUGGCUUUGCUGGGUACGGCUGCAGUUCACCAAUCGUUCCUGUUAUCUCGCAAUGGGCAGUCCUCGGGCGAAGGUGGUGCGGAUGACUUGAUGCAACUCGCUCAUUCAUUCCGUUCGAAGUCCAAACAAUUGUUGGUCACGGCGUGUUCGACUCCAGAGGGUGCAGGUAGUGAUGCAACACUCGGAGCUGCAGUCGCUAUCGUCCUUAUUGACAUAUUUUCUGGCGGCCAGAAUUGGUCCAAGACGUUGAACAUGGCCAAGUCGUUAGUGAAUAUGCGUGGUGGUCCGGCGGUUUUACUGGCACGCAGUCCUGAUACGAAGCCUAAUACUGUUACGGGUGUCAGUCGUGCUAGGCUGUUGUUGGAAAUUGUUGCGGUCUAUGAACUUUUCGGGUGCCUUGUGACCUGCCAACAGCUCACAUUAUUAUCUCCAAAUGCAAAUAGCUGGUGGCUUGAUCAAGCAAAGUCUGAAGACUCGCAUUCGUAUGUAGAGAGAGUUUUCGGCAUGUCUCGGCGAUUUAUUCCUCUCCUUGCGCGUGUCAUAGGUUUUGUGGCACGCCACCUGAGCGGCCAAGCCAGAAUCAAUGAACUAUCUACGGAUGAUUCUUUACUUGAGUUAGACGAUGCAGCUGAGGCACGCCAGUUGUACACCACCGUACAGAAUUGGACACCAUGCUCAGAGAAUGUUCCUGAUCGAGUGCGCGCAGGAGAUCGCAUAUAUCAGAAUGUAGCUCAGAUCCUCUUAUUGCGCGACGUGCUCGAAGUACCGGCAGAUGAUAUGCUUGUUCAGCAACAUGCUGAUGUUGUGCUCACGCUGUGUUCUGAGUGCGGACAGGGUAAGAUGGGUGUUGAUUUGAAUUGGCCCACUAUCAUUGCCGGCUCGCAAGCGUUUGGACCAGACCGUGCGCGUGUCCUGGACAUCUUCGAUAUCUUUAGGGCCCAAUGUUGUUAUGAAAUUGAGACGGCGGAACACAUUGUGCUUCAGGUUUGGAAACGAAUCGACGAAGAUAUGCCAGGCGCCGACUGGCGGUCAGUGAUGCGUGACCUCGAUCUCAAUGUCCUUAUACUCUAG